AUGUUCCCUACCCCAGCUUCUCUCAACUCUCUAUUCAUCUCAAUCACUGAUCUACCGAGCCAUGCUUUCCAUAAUAGAGCCGGCGUCUGCGCCGCUUUACAGAACAACAUGCCCAUCGACCGCUUCCAGUACCUCCGCUACAUCGCCUCGGUAUCGCCUUUCCUGUACAUCAUAAUGACGCCUAUUGCCUCUUUCAUCUUCGGCGUCUACUUGCUCAUUUCUCUUAACUAUCUUGGCCAACACUGUACCGAGGCCUUCAGUUCCCUCCGUAUAAACGACUACAAGCAUUUCCUGCGUAUGUGGAUUAGUCCCGACACGGGUGAUCUACACGUCUUUGUUAUUGGCAUUGACCAUGUUGCUAGACAUUGGGAGGCGGACCCCUAUUGGGAUGGCAAGCUCCUGCCCAAGGGUUCGCAGGUGCCGUCCUGGAAGUGGAUCACACCGAGCAAGUAUCGACCGAAGAGCGAGAGAAAAGCUGAGGAAGACGAUCUCACCUUGUUGGCUCGUAGAGUGGAGCAGGGACUAGGCCCAUCACCCUCGGACUAUCGUAAGCCCCAACCAGAUGGCCAACCUAAGCUCGUAGACUACUUCGUUGUUGAAUCAUCGGAGAAGCAGGCGGCUGCAAUCAAACAGAAACAAGCGGACGAUAAAGAAGCAUCUCGUGAAGUGAUUACAGAGGACUUCUCAAGGGAGGAGUCCACAACGUCGGAAGCUACGUACCUGACCGUGUAUCUCGGGCUCGUGACUUAG